CAUUUUGAAUUAUUUUAGUUCAAUCAAAGCCACAACCCUUGAAGAUAUUAUUUGCCCAACGUCUGGUAGGUACUACCGGUCGCUUUUCUAAUAAUGAUCAUAAGCCACCACUCUUCAUGAUCAUUUUGAUCAAAGCCUCCACGUCCGUGCAUUUUCUCGAUAACUCGAGAGGGUCUUGGGACCUAGAUGGGAACGGUUUCAGCUUUCAGGUCAUCCAGUCAGUGGUGUGUGGGUUGUCGUAGCAGUUUAUUCCCGCACAUGUUCCUUUUGCGUGAAAACUCAGUUUUAGAAGACCUGGACAAGAUUGGCCUUUGAAGGGAAAAAAACUAAUAAUACUCCAAUAAUACUCCUCCAUUUCCUUUGAUUGAUGUUAUUAGGCUACCAAAUUUUUUUAAACAAGGAAAUGUUCAUCAAAUUUUAGAGACACAGAGAGUCAGAGAGAGAGUUCUUGAUUUCAAAAAUGGUAGCUGUGUUCAACAAAGAACUGUUGAGUUGGUAUCUAAUCACUUUGAAGCUCAAAGAAACAGUAGAAGCUGCUAAAGCACAAUCUCCAACUGCUAGUCCAUUACAGCUCAACGGACAUCGGCAAACUUCAACAGAUCCAUUAACAGGAAUUGCUGAAGAAGAAGAAGAUGAAUCAAACUCUCCUGAUUAUGAAUGGGUUAUCUCAAUUAAAGACAAACUACAACAAGCUCGUCAAGAUGAAGAUUCUGGGUCAUGGGCUAAACUCAAUAUCUACAGAAUACCAAAAUGUUUACGCAAUGACGACGACAACAAAGCGUAUGUUCCUCAAACUGUUUCAUUGGGUCCUUAUCAUCAUGAUCGUAAGAAACUUAAAGAUAUGAAUAGACACAAAUGGAGAUCUCUUCAUCAAGUUCUUAAGCGUACAGGGCAUGAUAUAAAGCUUUAUUUGAAUGCAAUUAAGGAACUCGAAGAACGAGCAAGGUCUUGUUAUGAAGGUCCUAUUAAUAUCAGCAGCAAUGAUUUUGUUGAAAUGAUGGUUCUUGAUGGGAUUUUCGCUAUUGAAUUAUUUAGAGGAGUUGCUGGCGGAUUUCAUCAUCUUGGGUAUGCUAGAAAUGAUCCUGUUUUCGCUAUGCGUAGUUUUAUGCAUUCGAUUCAACGCGACAUGAUAAUGCUUGAGAAUCAAUUGCCGCUGUUCAUUUUAGAUAAACUCUGGGGUCUUCAAGUUGGUGAUCCUGAUCAGAAAGGAUUUAUUGCUAGGCUUGUUAUUAGAUUUUUUGAUCCGUUGACACCUACUGAUGAACCGCUGCGGAAAGUCGAUAUGACGAAACUGGAAUCGUCUCUUGGUAUAAAUCACAAGACUACUUUUGAUCCGUUGACUGAACAUGGCGGUCUUCAUUGUCUCGAUGUUUUCCGUCAACAUCUUUUACGGACAGGCGCAGUUGUAGCUCCCAGAAUUUGGAUCAAGCGUAAGUCACAUACCGCUCGUGUUGCUGAUAAACGUCGCCAACAGUUGAUUCAUUGUGUUACUGAGCUUAGAGAGUCUGGAAUCAAGUUUAGGAAGAGGAAAACGGAUCGAUUUUGGGAUAUUAAGUUCAAGAACGGUAUCCUUCGGAUUCCGCGGCUUCUUAUCCACGACGGAACGAAGUCGUUGUUUCUCAAUUUGAUUGCAUAUGAACAAUGUCAGAUUGAUUGUAGGAAUGACAUAACUUCUUAUGUGAUUUUCAUGGAUAAUUUGAUCAACUCUCCUGAAGAUGUGGGUUAUCUCCAUUACUGUGGUAUUAUCGAGCACUGGCUUGGUAGUGAUGCCGAGGUUGCAGACUUAUUCAAUCGUCUAUGCCAAGAGGUGGUUUUCGACAUUAACGAUAGUUACUUAUCUAGUUUAUCAGAGCAAGUAAAUGAGUACUAUGACAGCAAGUGGAGUACUUGGCGUGCGAGUUUGAAGCACAAUUACUUCAAUAAUCCUUGGGCUAUUGUCUCAUUCUUUGCAGCUGUUAUUUUGUUAUGUCUUACUCUUGCACAAACCUUUUAUGGUGUUUAUGGGUAUUACAGACCCAAUUGAUGUAUCCCUUAGCUAAUUCCUUCUCUUUUGUUUCCUCUUAAAUGUGUGUGUGUUUAACUAGAGAAGUUGUGCAAUUUGAAUACAGAAUUAGUUGGUUUUCUUCGGUAAAUUGGAACUAUUCCACAAACCA